UCAAAUUACGUAGGUACCUAGGUACACCGGGUAUUCCCUUUCGACCUUUCGACCUUUCACGGCACGUCGCGUCCUCAUGGAAAUAAAGGAGGACAGGAUGGGGGCGGGAUGAAUAAGGGGCUUUGUAUGCUUUUUUUUUUUUUUUUAUUAUCGUUCAUCCGUUCAUUCACUUAUCCAACUCAACCUCUUGUCACUCAUUAAUGCUUAUCAAUGCUUGCUGGAAGUCUUGCUAAUACCAAUUGUCCACCUAAUUGUCUAAAAUUACGCAUCUAACACUCCUUCAUCACUCCUCGGUUGACCACUUGAAACACAACACCUACGAUCCUUACUUCUUACCUACCUAAUUCGUAUAUAACUUAUAUAACUAACCUAUAUCAUCUUUGCUAUCUAAUCUCUAACUCGAGCAAUUCAACACUUUGGCGACGUUGUCUCCUAACGUACAAGUGCCUGCUUACGAGCUAUCAUCUCCGCUUCGACUCUAGAAAUCGGUCUACUUACCACUGGAGACUAUGCGGUCGGCGAGAUAGUUCCGUAGCAGGUUCCAGCAGUUUAUAGAAUUAUCUACUCACUCACGACCCCUUGGCUGGUAUAACGGGGUUACCACAUUCGCUUUGCACCAUACAGUACUACCUUCUACGAGGUAGCUGACUUAUUCGAAUAUAUUGCUUCACUGCUUAAUUAUCACGACCCGAGGCCGAGCCCUCGACCAUCUAUCACGAUGCCGGCUAAAUCAAAUUUGAUGCUAGCCGCCGCGCUAUUCUCUUCCGUGUUCGUAUCUCCUGUCGCCGCUCAGCUAUACACCGAUUGCAAUCCCUUGAAUCAGACCUGCCCGCCAGACCCGGCUCUCGGGACAAUGCAUAUGUUCAACUUCAAUGCUACGCCACCGGAACAUACGUUCAAUUUGACUGCCGGAACUGUCGAGUACAACGCUGAUACAGGGGGUGCCUUCACAAUGCGCAAGAGAGGCGAAUCGGUAACCCUGACCUCGAAUUUCUAUUUCUUCUUUGGAAAAACAGAAGUGUUCUUAAAAGCAGCAUCCGGUACCGGUGUGAUCAGCUCCAUUGUUUGGUCUUCCGAUGUUCUCGACGAGGUUGAUUGGGAAUUCAAGGGAGGGAAUGCAACCCAUGCGUUUUCUAACUACUUUGGAAAAGGAGUACCAGACUGGAAAAACGGAGGAGAUCAUCCCGUCGAAGGCGGGGUGUUGGACGAUUAUCACAACUAUACUUGCGUGUGGACGAAGGAAAAACUAGAGUGGUGGCUAGACGGCGGGCUCAUCCGUACGCUGUUACCCAAGGAUGCCAAUAACACAUUCUACUACCCCCAAACGCCGAUGAAGCUCAGUAUCGGUAUCUGGGCCGGUGGUGAUCCGGACGCGCCAAAGGGAACUAUUGAAUGGGCUGGUGGAGUUACAGAUUACUCUGAACCGCACACGAUGUACGUGAAGAGUGCUUUUGUCGAAGACUACUCUUCCGGCAAAGAGUAUUCCUACGGCGACCGUAGUGGGUCUUGGGAGAGUAUUAAGAUUGUGAGCGGCAACUCCACGGCGUUUGAGAAUAUCAACAAGGAACCAGAGAAGUCACUUUCUGAUAAAUGGAAUGAGCUUCCUUCCGGCACCAAAUCUGGCGUUUAUGCCGCUGCAGGUGGAGUUGGCGCCAUUCUUUUGGUUGCUUUGAUCUUCUAUUAUUUCAAGCAGAGACGUCGUGGUCAGCAAGAGGCUGCUCUUGCGGCUCAGCGACUUGAACAAGAUCGUGUAGAGCUAGAGAGGUUCAAGAAGGAAGGGAGAGAUCCUGACGCGCUCGCUUUCGAUGGGGCCGAGUAUAAUGCUAAGAGCGGAAUGGCUACUACGGCCUACGGCUUGCCGGAUUCGCCUCCGGGAAGCUCUGCCGGUCCACCAGAGAAAGCCUGGGAUCCGACAGGCUCAAGUAGCGCUGCUGCCAUGCCGCUACUUCGUGACGAUACGAUGAGCAAUUACAGAGAUAGUCCAGGUUCAGGCCCAGCUCCUCAAAUUCCGGCCCCAACUUCUACAUCUCCGGUCAACCGCAGUUUCUCCCCCUCCAACGCACCCGGGCAAAUGGGAUCUUCGGGACCCCAAGGCAACGGAAACGGGGCUUACGGAGGAGCCCGAUGAUAGGGCUGGAUUGUAAUGGCUAGAUGAGGUGGACUUUCAUAUUUGCUAUCGUUUGGUUUACAAGGGUGGGAAGCAGACUAGAUAAAUAAAUCUAGUCGGGAUAAUUGCGAGGCAGUUGCGUCGAGAACUCGGACAAAAGAGUUGGGAAUAUGCUGUGGCAGAAGAGAUGUUCCGUUUUCGGCUGGCUACGAUAGGAUCAUGAGUGCUAUUUAAUCUUUCAAUACCCCGAUAGUUGGAUAUAAUUGUUGGAUAUAUUGACAUCUAUCUAAAAUGUACACGACACGAAACAUCGCACUUUUGUAAUUCUAGUCGAUGUUGAAACGCAAUCGCCUCGAUUCUAAUUUAGCUAAUCUACUACUAAGUUCCUAUGUAGUUACUUCCACGAACGACAUUAGAAUACCCAGGUGCUACAUGGAAGAUGAAUAAAUAAAUAAGUAUCUCAGA